UGGGUUUGUAUUGUGGAGGGAGGACCUGGUCAUUGGUCGGGGCUGAGCAGCUAUUUCCUGUACACGUCGUCUUACGGCGCUCUGGAGUCUCCUGAACUGAGAGCGGCUGGAGCUUCAGAACAGGAGUUAAAUUAAUCAUGGAGACGCUGGUUGGUCUUCCGUUCGCGGUGUUAGAAUGUCCUAAUAUCAAAAUUAAGAAGCCGACAUGGCUUCACAUGCCGUCUGCGAUGACUGUGUACGCUGUGGUGAUUGUAUCGUAUUUCCUCAUCACUGGAGGAAUAAUCUACGAUGUUAUUGUUGAGCCGCCCAGUGUUGGCUCAAUGACUGAUGAACAUGGUCACCAGCGCCCAGUGGCCUUUUUGGCAUACAGGGUGAAUGGGCAGUACAUCAUGGAAGGUUUGGCAUCCAGCUUCCUCUUUACCAUGGGUGGUCUUGGCUUUAUUAUUUUGGACCGCUCUAAUGCACCCAACAUUCCAAAACUCAACCGUUUCUUGCUGCUCUUCAUCGGCUUUGUGAGCGUGCUGUUGAGCUUCUUCAUGGCCAGAGUGUUCAUGAGGAUGAAGCUGCCGGGCUACCUCAUGGGUUAAAGCUGCUCAGAAAAGGCCUUUAGUGUGAAAGAGAUUAAAGAAUGACUGCAGAUGAAGAUGAAACCCCUUUCCAGUGCCAAGGAUCAGUUUGCAGGGCAGGUUUUCGUUUUCUGCCCCCAGUUUUAUCUCUGUGUAUGUGUGUGUGCGAAUGACUAGUCCCCAACAGCUCCACGUUACUGAAUGGAGUUAAGAUUUCUUGAAUCCUGCAAAAUUUGCAUACCUACUAUUGAUGAUCUACAGAUACAGAAGGAGGAAAAGCUUGCAGUGUAUGGGAGCUGUUUGUUAUUCGAUCAAAAUCCAUCUCCAUGUGAAACCUCUCCUUAUGCACUUGUUUUGUAGAAAGUAAAAAAAAAAGUCUGAAAAUCUGGCAGCUGUGUCAUUGGUCAAGCUGUUUUUCUAUUAAAAAACAAAAUAAAUGUUCUUUCCAGA